AUGUCGAUAGUGAACAUUUACUUUCACGAUGAAAAUAUCUACAACGUGGAGAAGAAGCCGCCCGAAAAGCCACCGAAACCGCCGCUCUACCAUUCGCGCUUCGAGCAGCAGGUGCGCCAGGAGACGAAAUCUUGCAAGGAUGACCACCGCACGAUGGGCUACUCGAAAAUUCCCCUGCACGGUCCGGGAGAAUUUUUGAAGAAAAACUGUGGUCCCCGGUUUCGGGCCACAAAGUCGGCGCCAGUGCGGCUGUGCACCUCCCACAAGCCGCCCGUUCCGAAGCCAAACGAGCCGCGGACCAUGGACGGCCCGGCCCCUUGCCAGGUGAUGAAGGUGGUUGACUUCAAGAAGGAAAACAUUCAGAAAGUGGUGACGGCGAACCCGAAGAAACCCCGGGCACGGUACGCCGAUACGCGAAAGGGCGACUUUCAUGACUUGGAAAAGUCUGGCCUGACACCGAUCUACAUGUGUAAGCCAAAGUUCGGGAAGAUACCACAGUAUCUCACGCGUCGAAAGAAGGACCUGGCCGUGCAAAAGGAACGAUUGGUCGAGGAAACCGCCCAGCAGAAGCCACGCUGUUCCUACAUUUCGCAGGAAGAGCGAGUCGAAUUGCUUCGAGGUUUAAAGCAAAAUUGGGAAAAACUCCAGCAGGAGUACCAGAGUCUGCCGCUGCUCACCGAUACCGUGCCGAAAAUGAUUCGCAAGGCCAAACUGGAGAAUAAUCUCAAGCAACUGGAGAAAGAUAUUCUGACGAUCGAAAAUAAUCUCUACAUCUACAUUUACGACGAAGAACAAAAGGACGCAUAG